CUUGUUCUAGCUGACGUUCGGGCAAUGUUUACAUUUUUCAGCGUCGCUUUUGCGGUGGUAGUCAAGAAGUUUUACCUAUUCACGAUAGAAAAUAAUAAUUCAGUCAUACAGAAGGCAAAACUAUCGCAAAAAUGGUUAGCAAAAGGCCUUAUAGAUCUGUGGAUAUGAGCCUGCAAAAUACGCUCCACUUCAUUUCGGAGGUUAAACUGCACAGAUGCCUGUGGGACCAUACGCACGAAGACUACAAGCACAAAGCUGCGCGCGAUAAAGCAUGGGAAUCGCUUUCGAUCAGCUUGGGAUACAGCGCGGACGAUCUGGUUGGCAAAUGGCAAUCGCUUCGAUCUUCGCUAAGGCAGUACAGAUCCGCCGUAAGACGGCGAGCUAAGGAGGGUGGUGAUGGCGCCGACAAGCUGCAAGUCGUUACUUGGCCGUACUAUUCUGCGAUGAGUUUUACUAAUGCUGCAGCAGACGACGAUGUUCGUGUGAUUUCUCUGCCAGCAAGACUAGUACCGGAUAAUCCCCAACUACCCAAACCCACCGUAACGGCAAUACGGAAGAAUGAACCAAACAGAAACUCAAUCGUCGAUGAACAGAGCCAGAUUCCCGAUUAUGAUUCGUCAGAAGAAUACGAACCACCUACCAACCACGUUCCGGCAAAAAUCCUGACAAGCAAACCGGCUUCUACUCACGAUUUGGCAAAAAAGCGGAGACUGAUAGAGCUUAGCUCCAAGCCAUCGAUCACUAAACCGCCGGCUCCAACCACUUCCCGGCGAAUACCGAAGGAACCGGAAUUUGUUGCAAUCAAAGUGGAAGCAAUCGACCCAACGUUACCGGUUGAGCAAACGUUUAACGGGGAACCGCACAGCUGUAGCACGCUUAGCGCGCAGGACGUCGACGAUGUGUACGGACACAGCAUUGCGCUGCAAAUGAAACAAUUUUCGCCGAAAACGAAACGAAAACUACAGAUCCAAAUUCACGAACUUAUCUCCAAAGCACAGAAGCAAGCAUUCGAAAAAGAUUUCGGUUACUCUUUCGAUAGCAGCUAAAGAGGCCCCGCGGUGUAUUGUCGUACAAUGUGUAAUAAAUUAGGUAAUUUAAGAUGACUGUAAAUACAAAUCUGGAGACAAGUUAUAAACUUCUAGCGAUGCGUAAA